AUGUCAAAAUCACACCCAGGAACACUGCAUGAAUACGCCCCAAGGCUGGUCGCCUUCGAAUUCACCAGCUCCACGCCCCAAAAACCACACAGUCUCAUCUUCAUCGGCGGCCUGACAGAUGGCCUCUGCACCGUCCCCUACGUAGCACCACUCGCCGCCGCCCUCGAACCAACCGACUGGUCCGUCUUCCAAGCCCAGCUCUCCUCUUCCUUCGGCGGCUGGGGCACCGGCAAUCUCGACAAGGAUGUCGAGGAGAUUGCGAAAUGCGUCGACUUCGUCCGCAGCCUCAAGGCCUCGGCCGCCACGGCAUCGGCACCCGGGAAGAUCGUCAUUAUGGGCCAUUCGACCGGAAGCCAGGACGUACUGCACUAUUUGUACUCUAUCUCUCCUCAGGGAGACCGGGACUGGCCUGUAGUUGACGGUGCGAUCCUGCAAGCGCCCGUGUCCGACCGGGAAGCCAUGCUCGCGGAGACGCGCAAGCCAGGCGCGGAGGGUUCCGUGGCGAAGGGCGCGUUCGAGCAGCUGGUUUCGCUGGCGCGUCAGGCUCCCGCGGCUGAUAUCAUUCUGCCGUUGAAUCUGAGCAGCAAGGUUGGCUUACCCCCGGACCCUGUCAGUGCGCGGCGGUUCUUGAGUCUGGCGAGUCCGGAUAGUCCUGCGAGGCCGGCGGAGGAUGAUCUGUUUAGCUCGGAUUUGACGGAUCAGCGGCUGCGCGAGACGUUUGGGGCUGUGGCGACGCGGGGGCUUUUGAGGUCGAAGCUGCUGGUGCUGUACUCGGGGAAUGAUGAGUUUGCGGCGCCGUGGGUGGAUAAGGAGGCGCUGAUGGCGCGGUGGAGAGAGGCGACUGAGGCUGGGAAGGCUGGGACAUGGGAUCAGAAUAGCGGGAUCAUACCCGGGGCAAGCCACAAUGUCAGGGAUGAGGGACAGGCUGAUCUCGUUGAGCGCGUCACUCGCUAUCUGAAGGGUAUCUAG